CGAGAGCCAAACAGCAUUUUCGGUCCAGCUCCAAGCUACCUCCAAGCUCCAACAUGGCAGGGCAAAGAGCGGAGAUAUCACGUUGCACGGAGAAGAGGGGAAAUACCUCGAUGCGCCGCCGCUGCCGCCAACCGCUACCUCACCAGUAACCCCUAGUCGUCAACUACCCGCCUCGAAACCCUCCUCGCCAACCGCCCCCUCGAAGCCCUCGUUGCCGCAUCGACCAUCGCCGCUUCCUCUUCCUCCGCAAGGUCGCCUCCAUCUCGGGACAGCGCGCUCCCUCUCCUCCUCCGUGCGAGCAGGUUUUGUUGUCCAACCUCAUGGAAAUCUAUAACCACCAAUGGUAGGUUAUUGAUGGACACGUCACUAAUCAUAGGUGAUGGUUUAAGACCAAUCAGUGUUGCACUGUUCUAUAGUUGUGCAUCUGCAGCAGAAAGCUGAACCAACUAGGAAGCGACACACAGUGUCGGAGCUGCAGUGUAAGCGUUGGGUUCAAAUGAACCCGAUAAAAAAUGUUAAUGUCAUGUGGGGGCGCACGUAUAGGCGCCGGCCACCUAGGGCAGAGAAGGACCCAAUGUCUGGGUCAGCUUAAUUUGAGUAAUUAAGAGUCCAGAUUGGAGAUAGAAAGGUUUCGUCCCGUGGAAGGUUUUCCCUACCGUUUCCAAUCUGAUUAGGAGUCCUAUUCCAAUUCUGUAAGAGUCUAGCUUGAUCCCCAAGUUUGUAAGGGCUAUUUAUAGUCACCCCUAGUCAAUCAAUAAAGCAAGCAAUCAAAAACCCAAACCCUACUUUCCCCUGCGCCCUGGGCACUCCAAUUCCCUGCCAUGGGGCGACGAGGUUACAAGCCUCGUCCUCCCGUAGAGCACCCUUACUUCCUGCAAUCUUCCUCUAAUCCCCAAAUUCCCCAAGCACGUGACAGUUAAAUUCAAUAGAAUUUAGACCCAAUGCUACACUUGCACCCGAUAGUUGUAAUAGCAUGAACCCAAUGCUUAGUUUUUCCAGCUCCGCCCCUGGCGACACAUACAGACAGGUCUAUAGCCAUGUUCAACUGAUCACAUUCUGGCUUCACAAGGAUUGAACAGUAAACACCCAAUAGAUACUUAUGGCUUCAGGUAAGCAUCGAUAGUUCGAUUUCGGACACACCAAUGAGCAUAGAAAUAGAUGAUGGACUGGAACAAGCACAAAAGGUUACAUGGUUUUGCCACAAACUCUGUUCCAUGUGUAAGGUAAGAACUAUUCUUAGGAAGCGUUAAACUUAGUAAAAUUGGUUUUCCAUGCGCACAUAGAUAGCACUCCAUUGCCCCUAAUGCUAACCAGAGAGUCAAUAGGUUAAAUAUAGCAGUUCCAAACCAGCUGAAUGAACUUCAUUUCAUACCUUUGAGAGACGACCCAAAAAAGGAACCAUGCAUGGCAGUGGUUGGGAUGGCACCCUGAUACUAUCCAAAAAGUGUGUGGCUUCCCUUCUUCUCCCAUCCCAUCCAACCCUUGCUCCAUUCUCGUAGCAUGCUUCCUCACGCUUUGCUUUCCCAUUUGCCCCGUUCCUUGUUCAAGCAUUUUUGCUUCCUCCAUACGUUUUGUUUCUUGGCAAAUUUAGGACAAGUCUCGCCGAUUCCCCAUCCAUGUCAUGCAUCAUUCUACUUUGUGUAUUCUCAAUGGAGUUGCCAGGGUAGGGUAAGGUUUCCACUUCCAAGGGGAAGAGGGAGGAGCGAAUCCUUGUUGCUCUACUCUCUUUCCCGUAUUCCUUAAUUUCAUUCUUGUUGUUGUGGUUCCAACUCCAUCUGAAAAGGAGCAAAAGGUCCUUUCUUGAUUGAUUCAGGAAGAAAAGAAAAGAAAAGGCGGCAAUCAUUCCAAUGGUCCCUUGAUUUGGGAAAAAGGGAAGGCUUGAAAAUUUGAAGCAUGGAGGAGGAGAUGCCAGGCGAGAAGGAACUAAGCGAACCAGGAUCAAUUAAUUGCGCAAGUAGUUCAAGCAACAGCCCGUGCAACUCAAGGAUCAGCAGCCAAAACAAUCCCAAUUCACUGGUGGAUAGAGAUGAUGAUAACAUCUCUACUGGGGUGGUUGUUGAGUUAAAGGAGGGGAUGAGCACUUCUGAAUUGAAGGAGGGGGCGACUAUGGAAUUGAAGGAGGAGGGGGCCAAUAUCGAAGUCUUGAAGGAGGAGGUUACAACUACCGAAUUGAAGAAGGGGUCAGCUAUUGACUUGAUGGAGGAAGGGGUGGCGAUUAACCCAGUCCUGGAGAAGGAGGGAGUGGCUAUCGACCUGAAGAAGAAGGAGCAUAUGGAUACUGAUUUGAAGGAGAAGGGGGCGACAUUCAAAGAAUCCAAGGAAGAGGGGGCGCCGAUCGAAUUGGAGAAGAGGAGCAACCAUGAGAAGGCUAUCCAACUGAAGAGGGAUGGGACAAGGCUAUUCCAGCAGCGGGACUACGAGGGAGCAGCCUGUGCAUUUGACAAUGCAAUAAAAUUGUUGCCGAAGGAACACGAUGAUAUCGCCUUCCUCCACUGCAAUAUUGCUGCUUGUUACAUGCACAUGAACCCUGAGGAUUAUGAGCGUGCCAUUGAUGAGUGCAACUCGGCACUGGAGGCAUCACCCAAGUAUACAAAGGCAUUACUGAAAAGGGCACGAUGCUUUGAAGCAUUGGAUAGGUUGGAUCUAGCUUGUAAGGAUGCGCAGAAGGUGCUGAGCUUGGAACCCAACAAUAUUACUGCAUUGGAGCUCUUUGAGAGCAUUAGGGAAGAGAUGGAGGAGACAGAAAUGCUUUUGGAGAAUCAGCUGGCUGUGUCAUUACCAGAGGAGCCUAAGUCCAUUGUUUCUGCAAAAGAGAGGAUCAAGAGGAAAGUAUCUCGCAGAUUUAGAAACAAUUCUAUAGUCGAGGAAGAGGUGUGGUUGAUUCAUGAUGAUGAGAUGCAAGAGAAUGACCAAGACAGCAAGGAAGAAGAGUGCGAUGAAGAAAACGACCACCAUAUGACAAGUAAUUUAAAUAAUGAAGAAAAUGACAGUGAGGAGAUGCGGUCAAAGCAUGAUGAGGAUAACUGCAGGUACACUGAACAGCAGAACCAUAUGAAGCAUAGCCAGUACAGACAAGGACCAGCAAACGAUGAAUGUCAGCUACUGCAUCAUGCUUCAUGGGACAUGGAAGAGAUGCACCGCAAACAAACUCACAGUCAAAACAAGGCCCUCAAAGAGCUAGAUGUGAGAAGCUGUCAGCAGCAUCAGCAGGAGAUGCAUCCAAAGCAGGAUCAAAUCUCUGGUGUGAACAAACGUCAAAAGCAAAUUGAGGAGGAGAUUCGAAGAACUAGUCCUAGCAAAAACGAGAACCGUAUUGAGAUGUACGAAAGGCAUAUAAAAGAAAAACACUCAGAGCGGCAUAUUAGUCGUGGUGAGGAGGACAAGCAGGAAAAGCAGAUGGGAAUCAAAGUAGCAAGUCAUGGGAAAGACCAGCAGUACCAACAACACAUCAAGGAGAAGAAGGAUUCAAAUAAAGAAACAAGGACUGUAAAGUUUGUGUUGGGAGAUGAUAUAAGGAUUGCUCUGGUUCCAGAAAAUUGUAGUCUGAUACAAUUGAUAAACAUAGCUCGGUGUAAGUACAGUCCCCACCUCAAGGCAAUGCUUCUUAAAUUUAAGGACAUAGAAGGCGACUUGGUGACAAUUACGUCGACUGAAGAACUAAGGUGGGUUGAGGACCUAAAACAAGGACCAGCUCGGUUGUACAUAAAAGAAGUAAGUCCUGAGCGUGAGAUCACAAGGGACAUUGUUAUGCCCAGUAUUUCUAUUGCAACAUUACAAAAAAAGCAUAGCAUCUCCGAGUGUGGAAGCUCUAGGCAUGCAGCAGAAGAAGAAAAGAACUCCUCAUAUGUUGAUGACUGGAUGGUACAGUUUGCUCGUCUAUUCAAGAACCAUGUUGGUUUUGAUUCUGAUGCAUAUGUGGAUCUCCGUGACCUUGGUACACGGCUGUAUUAUGAAGCGAUGGAAGACACCAUCACCAGCGAAGAAGCUCAAGAGAUAUUCCAUGCUGCAGAGGCGAAAUUUCAAGAAAUGGCAGCUCUAGCAUUGUUUAAUUGGGGCAACAUCCACAUGUCUCGUGCAAAGAAGAGAUUAGUUUUAUCUGAAGAUGCUACCAAGGAAUCUGUACUUUCUCAGGUUAAAAGUGCAUAUGAAUGGGCAUGCGCUGAAUAUGUCAAGGCUGGAAAGAAGUUUGAAGACACUGUGGAUGUAAAACCGGACUUUUAUGAAGGCCUCAUUGCACUUGGACAUCAGCAGUUUGAGCAAGCAAAGCUUUCUUGGCGUUAUGCAGAUGCAUGUAAGGUAGACAUGGGAACUGAAGUACUAGAACUAUUUAACCGUGCUGAGGACAAUAUGGAAAAAGGAAUGGAGAUGUGGGAGGGAAUAGAAUAUUUGCGGGUGAAAGGGAUGUCUAAAUCAAAAAAGGAGAAAAUCCUACUGGAUAAGUUGGGCUUGGAUGGGCAUCAACAAGAUUUAACAGCAGAUGAAGCGGUUGAGCAAGCUUCAAAUAUGCGAUCACAGCUAAACAUUUCAUGGGGUACCAUUCUUUAUGAACGUUCAGUGGUAGAACUUAAAUUAGGUCUUUCUAGCUGGGAGGAAAGUCUCACCGAAGCAAUUGAAAAAUUUAAGACUGGUGGAGCUUCUCUGGCAGAUAUCAGUGUAAUGGUAAAGAACCAUUGUAUAAAUGAGAAAACUCAAGAAGGAUUGAGCUUCAAGAUUGAUGAGAUAGUUCAAGCAUGGAACGAAAUGUAUGAUGCUAAAAAGUUGAAAAAUGGGUGGCAACUGCUUGGAACUGUCUACAUUCAAGAAUUCCAACGGGUGACAUUUCCAAUUCAAACUAUAAGAGCUGCUAAGAAUGCACUUGUAAAGUUAACAAUACAUUUCACAAGCUGGACAUCCACUGACGUAUUAAAAUGUAUCGACUGUGUAUUAUUAGAUAUAUAGAAAAGCUCAAGUGUUGUAGAAACAUAGUAGUUAAAGUUCAAUAUGAAAGUUCAUAGUUUGGAUUGUCUGAAAGGUAUCUAUUUCACUAGAAGGAUUAUCCAUAUGUCCGUGCUGAAAAUAGUGUUAACAUGCACUACUCAUGUGCAUGAACAGUGCUGCAGUUACAUGAGCCCGGAUAGAAGCUGGCAACACAUUAGGGAUAGGAUCUCAUCCAGUUUGAAAUGUGUAAUUAUUAGAGAACUGUCAGUUUCUUUUCUAAUCGAGAUAUGCUUCCUUA